ACACGCCCGGCCCGGCCCGGCCCGGCCCGGCCCGGCGCGGCGGGGAGGAAGCGGGGCUCUUCCGUGGGCGCGCCGCCCGGCUGCCCGGCCGCGGCUGCAGCAUCCGUCCCUUUCCUCUGGACGUCGUUCCAGCGGCAGCGCACGGUGCCCAAGGCGCGGGCCCGCGUCCCGGGGAGCCGGCCGGUGCACAAGGGACCCGGCAAACGGUGUUUCUCCUGGACUGGGACUAGUCGCAGUGCCUCUCAGGCCCUCUCCCUGGACCAAGGUCGUUUGGCUUUGAUAACACUACAUGAUUUUAAAUGCUGCGGAAAGGUGGCGUCUCGACCCUUCACAACUACAACCCAGGAUGUACUGGUGCGUGGGCACUGAGGAAGCUGCCGUUUGCAGAGAGGGCAACAUGGAUCCACAAAAUGGUGCUGUGGACAUGGGCGGCAAACAGUCCACUGUAGGUGACGUCUCCAUACCGCCGACCCCCGUGACAGAUAACAUUCAGGCUGCUUAUAAAAGUGGAGACACCAAUACGGCCCAAGAUCUGAUUAAAACAACAUGCGAGGAGAAUAUAUUACAAGUGGAAAAGUGCCAGCUGCUCAGUAUUGCAGCAGCCUACGGAGAUCUGCAGGCCGUGAGGUAUUUGCUGAAGGACGUCUUGGUGACAUUACCGACGGAGCCCAAUGACGACAACCCAGCGGUGGUGGCUGCGUAUUUUGGGCACGUGGAUGUUGUGAAGGAACUGUUAGACUCCUUGCAUGAUCCCAGCACCUUCCAUCAACUCCUGAAUUGGAUGCUGGCCAUAGCCUGCCGGCAGGGACACUUGGAGAUUGUGAAGCUCUUAAUCCUCACCUACAGUGCUGACCCCGAGUGCUGUGCGGUCAGGAAGAAUGAGUUUCCUGUUCUUAUAAGAUUGCCACUCUAUGCUGCAAUAAAGGCAGGGAAUGAAGACAUCGCCGUGUUUCUGCUGCAGAAUGGGGCUUCCUUUUGCUCUUACAUCCUGAUGGACAGCCCUGAUUCGAGCAAGCAACUGCUGAGGAAAUAUUUCAUUGAAACGAACCUGCACCUCGGUAAUGCUUCAGCAAGAACGCUCCUUCGUGUGAGCUGGACGAACUUCAGACUGCCGUGGGUGGACUUGGACUGGCUGAUUGACAUCUCGUGCCAGAUCACCGAGCUCGAUCUCUCUGCCAAUUGCCUGGUCACCCUCCCGUCCGUGAUCCCGUGGGGCCUGAUGAACCUCAGGAGGCUGAACCUGUCCAACAACCAGCUGACAGAACUGCCCGGCGUGCAGUUGUCUGACGAAAUCAUAUGUACAAGGUUGCUUGAGGUCGACGUCUCCGUGAACAGGCUCACCACGCUCCCCUCCGGAUUCCUGCAUCUCACAAAACUUCAGAAACUUCUUGCUGCCAAAAAUUACAUGGAGAAGCUGUUUGAAGAGGAAAAUAGUAUGUGUGUGCCCAUGACUGAGCUCAAGUUUCCAUUUGCCAUUCCAGCAACUAAUUGGAUUGGAUUGAGGAAACUGCAAGAGCUGGACGUGUCUGACAACCGCUUAGUGGAGCUGCCCACCGCGUUCCUGUGCUGCCUCAAAUCCCUGAAUGUCCUGCAUGUUUCUAGAAAUAACCUGAAGGUGUUUCCAGACCCCUGGGCCUGCCCCUUGAAAUGCUGUAAAGCAGCUAGGAAUGCCCUGCAGUCCCUCCCAGACACCUUCUCUAUUUUCUGGAAAAAUCACCUGAAAGAGGUGGAUUUUUCUGAAAAUGCAUUAAAAGAAGUUCCUCAGGGGCUCUUCCAGCUUGAGGCUUUGGUGUCUCUGAAGCUGUUGGGAAAUCAGCUGGUGGCGCUGCCUUCUCAAGAGAAGUGGACUUGUAGACAGCUCAAGUCCCUGGAUCUCUCCAGGAAUCAGCUCGGAAAAAACGAAGAAGGAUUUAAAACCAAGCGGAUUGCAUUUUUCACUACAAGAAGCCGACCACGUUCAAGCAUGGAGACAGGUUCCUUCCUGGAGUUUCCUACGUUCCUCAGCGACUCUCUAGAAGUCCUGUAUCUGAACGACAAUCAGUUAGACUUCGUCCCACAGUCCAUUUGCCUUCUGAAAGGUUUAACAGAGCUUUAUUUAGGAAAUAACCCUGGCAUCCGAGAGCUUCCUCCAGAACUUGGACAGCUGGCUAAUCUUUGGCAGCUGGACACCGAGGAACUAAAUAUCAGCAACGUUCCUGCGGAGAUCAGAAAAGAAGGCCCCAAAACAGUGCUGGCGUAUUUACGAGCUCAGCUGCGCAAGGCUGAGAAGUGCAAGCUGAUGAAGAUGAUUGUCGUCGGACCCCCGCGUCAGGGGAAGUCGACACUGAUAGAGAUUUUGCAGACGGGGAAAGUCCCACAGGUGAUGCACAGCGAUGCCACCAUACGGACAACGAAAUGGGAGCUUCAGAAACCUGCCGGGUACAAAGCUAAGGUUGAUUCAGUGGAGCUCAAUGUCUGGGAUAUCGGAGGCCCCGCCAGCAUGUCUACAGUCAAUCAGUGUUUCUUCACAGACAAAGCAUUGUAUAUGGUCGUAUGGAACUUGGCUUUGGGGGAAGAGGCCGUUGCAAACUUGCAGUACUGGUUGUUAAACAUCGAGGCCAAAGCCCCGAAUUCUGUCGUGUUAGUAGUGGGAACGCACCUCGACCUCAUCGAAACAAAAUUUCGGGUGGAAAGGAUAGCCACUCUCCGGGCGUACGUCCUGGCGCUCUGCCGCUCUCCAUCAGGGUCAAGGGCCACUGGCUUUCCAGAUAUCACCUUCAAACACUUACACGAGCUGUCAUGUAAAACCCUUGAAGGCCUCGAUGGGCUCCGCCAGCUGAUCUUCCACGUCACGUGCAACAUGAAGGAUGUCGGCAGCUCCAUUGGAUCGCAGAAGCUCGCGGGGAGACUGAUCCCAAGGAGUUACCUUAGCCUCCAAGAAGCCGUCCUUAUGGAGCAACAGAGAAGAAGUCAGACCGAUGAUGUGCAAUAUCUGACCGACAAACAGAUAGAGCAAAUCUUAGAGCAAACCCCCGGGAAUGACAUCAAGGACUACGAGGACCUGCAAACCGCCAUCAACUUCCUCAUAGAAACAGGGACCUUGCUGCACUUCCCAGACACAAGCCAUGGCCUGAGGAACCUGUAUUUCCUGGAUCCAGUCUGGUUAUCCGAAUGUCUCCAGAGAAUCUUUAACAUUAAGAGCUCCAAGUCCGUUGCUAAGAACGGUGUGAUCAAGGCAGAGGAUUUCAGGAUGUUGUUAGUUGGGACCGGGUUCACCGAACAAACAGAAGAACAGUACUUCCAGUUCCUGGCCAAGUUUGAGAUCGCAUUACCGGUCGCCAAUAACAGCUACCUCCUUCCUCAUCUCCUCCCAGCCAAACCAGCACUAGACAUCCACGGGUUACGACAUCAGACGACCAACACAGUCCAAAGGGUGUUCAAGAUGAGCUUCGUCCCAGUUGGCUUUUGGCAAAGGUUCAUCGCUCGCAUGUUAAUUAGCCUGGCCGAGAUGGACCUCCAGCUGUUUGAAAACAAGAAGAACACCAAGAACAGGAACAAGCAGCUGACCAUCUACAGCUUCACGGGCACUCAGAGGAACCGCUGCAGCACCUUCCGGGUCAAGAGGACCCACACCGUCUACUGGCAGGAGGGGCUCUUCGUUACCUUUGACGGGGGCUACCUCAGUGUGGAAUCGUCCGACGUGAACUGGAAAAAGAAGAAAAGCGGUGGAAUUAAAAUUAUCUGCCAGUCAGAAAUAAGAGAUUUUUCAGCAAUGGCUUUCAUCACGGACCACGUCAAUUCCUUGAUCGAUCAGUGGUUUCCUGCCCUCACAGCUACCGAGAGCGACGGGACUUUGCUGAUGGAACAGUACGUUCCCUGCCACAUCUGUGCCACUUUGAGAGCGGAGGAGAAUGAGGCUGACAAAAAACCAGAUGACGUGCAGUAUUUUAACAUGGAGGACUGUGUCCUAACAGCGAUCGAGCUGGAUUGCAUCGAGUGUCCAAGCCACCCUAAUGUCCCAGUUCCCCUGCAAGAGCUGGUCCCCGAGCUUUUCAUGACUGAUUUUCCUGCUAGGCUCUUCUUGGAAAAUAGCAAACUGGAAUACAGCGAAAAUGAAAUCAAUGUUCUUGGCCAGGGGGGAAGCGGAACGGUUAUAUACCAGGCACGAUACCAAGGAAAACGAGUGGCGGUGAAGAGAUUUCAGAUUAAAAAAUGCAAGAGUUCUCCUAAUUCUGCUGCAGAUACCAUGCUGAAGCACCUGCGUGCCAUGGACGCCAUGAAGAACUUCUCGGAGUUUCGGCAGGAAGCCAGCAUGCUCCAUUCCUUGCAGCACCCGUGCAUCGUGUCCCUGAUCGGCAUUAGCAUCCAUCCCCUCUGCUUUGCCCUGGACUUGGCCCCCUUGGGCAGCCUCACCACCGUCUUAUCCGAAAACUCCAAAGGGGCUUCCUUUGUCCCUUUGGGGCACAUGCUGACGCACAAAAUAGCAUAUCAGAUCGCAGCUGGCCUCACCUACCUGCACAAGAAGAACAUCAUAUUCUGCGACCUGAAGUCAGACAACAUCUUGGUGUGGUCCCUGGACGUUAAAGAGCACAUCAACAUCAAGCUGUCCGACUAUGGGAUUUCCCGGCAGUCCUUCCACGAAGGAGCCCUGGGGGUAGAGGGCACACCUGGUUACCAGGCCCCAGAGAUCAGGCCUCGAAUAGUCUAUGAUGAAAAGGUGGACAUGUUCUCCUAUGGAAUGGUCCUGUACGAGCUGCUGUCUGGCCAGCGGCCCGUGCUCGGACAGCACCAGCUCCAGAUUUCGAAGAAACUUUCCAAAGGGAUCCGUCCGGUCCUGGGGCAGCCGGAGGAGGUGCAGUUCCACAGGAUGCAGGCGCUCAUGAUGGAGUGCUGGGACACAAAGCCGGAGAAGCGUCCAGUGGCCUUUUCUGUUGUGGGGCGCAUGAAGGACCCUGCCUUUGCUACGUUCAUGUACCUGCUGCACUGCGGGAGGCAGUCUGCCUUCUUCUCCUCCCAAGGGCAAGAGUACACCGUGGUGUUCUGGGAUGGGAAGGAAGACACGAGAAACUACACAGUGGUGAAUACAGAGAAGGGACUCAUAGAAGUGGAGAGAAUGAGCUGCCCAGGCAUGAAGUUAUGCUGCCAAUUAAAAGUUCAGAGAGCCCUGUGGACUGCUACUGAGGACCAGAAGAUCUAUAUCUACAGCUUGCAAGGCAUGUGCCCACUGAACACGCCACAAAAGGGUCUGGACACUCCUGCGACUGUGAGCUGCUUCUUAGCAGUGCCUGUUGUGAAAAAGAACUCCUACCUGGUGCUGGCAGGGCUGUCGGACGGACUCGUGGCAGUCUUUUCUGUGGCGCACGGCAUCCCAGAUGACAACUGCUCCUACCUGUGCUCGCAUACCGCGAACCGCUCCAAGUUCAGCAUCGCUGACAGCGACUCUCGGCAGAACCCCUACCCUGUGAAAGCCAUGGAGGUCACAAAUAGUGGGGCAGAGGUCUGGUACAGCAACGGGCCUGGCCUUCUCAUCAUAGACUGCCUGACCAUGGAGAUCAGCAGGAGGCUGGAGCCCUACAGUGCUCCCUCUGUGAUCACAUCCAUCGCGUGCAACUCGGAGUGCCACGGCGAGGAAGUGGUCUGGUGCCUCGAUGACCGGACCAACUUUCUGGUGAUGUACCACGUGACCAGCUACCAGCUCUGCGCGCGGUACUACUGCGGAGACUGCAGCCCUUUAAGGGAUAUGUUCACCAUUCAGGAGCCUUUUGUAGGGAUCCCUGCUACCACAACGAUAGCCCAUAAGGUGCAGGAGGGGAACUCGUUGACUGAUAUGAGCAUCAUAUACAGCCAGGAAGUUGGCACGCAGAUACUGAACCACCAGGACUCGCUCACGGACUACUGCUCCAUGUCGUCUUACUCCUCCUCCCCUCCCCAUCAAAUCACAAGGUCCUUCUCCAGCCUGCCGAGCUCGCCGGCGAGCUCAUCCAGUGUCCCUUUCUCCACAGACUGCGAGGAGGCCGACAAGUGUCAUGAGCUGACGCCGCCCUUGGACCCAGCUGAUAGCAAUGCUUCACAAGCAAGCGAUAACACGCGGCGUCUCCAAGCCGUGACGAUUCUUCCAGUGAAAGACCUCAUCUGGAUCCCCAGGCGGGGCGGAGAUAUCAUUAUCAUCGGGCUGGAGAAGGAGUCCGGCAUGCAGCGUGGCAGAGUGAUCGCCGUGCUGAAGGCUGGAGAACUGGCUUCCCACGGGGCGCUGGUCGAGGCUGCUGUCGUAGCAAGGGACACUGUCGUGUGCUGCUUUGAGAACGAGACGGCGGAGUGGUGCCUGGCUGUCUGGAGGAGCUGGGGGGCCAGAGACUUCGACGUUUUCUACCAGUCCUACGAGGAGCUGGGGCGGCUGGAGGCCUGCAUGCGGAAGAGAAGAUAGUGCCGGUGGGAUGGCCGAACGGAGCCUCAGGACGCAGGAACUGACACUUGUGUGCUCCAGCCCGGGCACUUUUGGACUCUGGAGGAGGGCUGGGGCUUUCACGUUUGCUGCUAAGACGUACUGGUGGGUUCAUCCCACGGUGUGCUUGCUGCAGAGGCAGGCAGAAGGCCAAAGCAGACAGCUUGUGUGCUGUUUGCCUCUCUCUUCAGCAGGGGAUGGAGAGGCCUGAACACCUGGAUGUGGGUGAUCUCUCAUCUAUAGUGUGCUACGGGCUGAGAAUCACUACACCACCGAUUCUCAACUGGAGUACUGGGGUACCCUGGGGUGCCUUGAAACACCCUUCAAGGAAGGCAUAGGGUACCAUGCGGCAUUAGCACGGUUGGGGUGCACACACAAUUCCCAGGAUAAUCCCCACGAGUUCAAAUAGGAAUCCACAGUGCUAGAAGCAUGCUGCCCUGCCAUGGGCUUGCUGAGCUCUUUGCAACAGAGGAGCUGCUCUGUUAUUUUUCCAUAGAUGAAAAAUGAGUGAAAGCAAAGAGCUGGCAGUUUCCAAGGGGAACUUGAGCUGAACAAAGCAGGUCUGGAGUCUAAAAAGAUUGAGAACCACUAUUCUACACCCGUCUCCUGCCUUCCCCACAUAAUACUGAAGCCCAAAUGCUGGGUUUCUUGGCAGAAAUGGAGGCUUUUCCUUUCUCUUGAGCCUCUCUUUCUGCAUUUUUAAAUCCCCACCCCCACACACACAUGUCCAGGCUGCUGCUAUAUUUACACCUUUGGUCCUCAGCCAGGAGUGCUUUACUAACUACCAAGGGAUGCGACUCUCCUCCUCAGAGCCCAAGAGCACUACACAGGACUCUGCCAGCCCUGGGGGUGUCCAUAUUGCUGUCCCAGCAGGGAGGGCCGUGACCCCAGCCAGCUUGCAUCCCGUCCCAGAUUCAACCUACAUGCAGCAGCAGGGCAUUACGUCCACACUCAUUUACUGGCUUCACAAGUAGGUUUUUGCAGCCUACUCCGAACACCACAAAAACAGGGUAAACUAUUGCUUCCAUUUGCUGUGGGAUCGAGUGGACAGAUGAAACAGUUGCAGCUGAUUAGCUUUAUAGGCAGGUCUCUACUUUUAAUCAGUAUGAUUGGUUUUUCUAUCCAUGCCCUAAAGCUAGGUUGGAAUGACCCUGCAGCAACCCAGUGUAGAUGCUUCUGCUCAGUGCAUGAGAGCCCAGCAAUCACUCUUGGCGGCUGAGUGUAGUGUUGGUUAAUAAAAGAUGCCGUGAUACAGUAUUACUGUGAGACACCCAAAGAUAUCCGCCGGCCGUGAAUGCUGCGGUCUCGGUACACAUACGGGCCAUUUCACUGCACUGCUGCAGAGGAAACUGUAACCAGAGUCGGAUGCAAAGCAGACUACAUCAGCACUGCACACGCUUUACCUUUUUGUAAAGAGAAGGAAUCGUGUCGUCAGCAGGACUUGUCCUGCUGGCAUGUUUCUUUGUAAAUAAAUGUGGAAGGAACUGGAACAGAAACUCAGUUUGUCUGUGCAGAAAGGGGUGCAUGCGGAGCUCAAAAUAGCACUUCUUUUACACCUCACCGCUGGACCUAGGAAGACACUAUCCUGGCUAGCCCAUGGCACAUGAAUGUAGACAGCAAGAUCAGGGCAUAAACCUGGAAGAAAUUACUUUGCUUGCAGUCAGACAGGCAUGACAAACAGAGUCCCAGUUUGUGCAGGGGCAAACCUCCGCGGGCCAGGGGUUGGGCUGCCUUGCUUUUUGGGGUUGAGAGGCUUUUCAAAUCCAGACAACUUGAGCUGUCCCAAGUGAACCUGUUCAUGUGUCCACAACCUCAGCUGUCACAAUCGGGUGCAACAGAGUGUAAAGAGUGAAGCAGCUCCCGGAAGGUGAGCGCACACAGUGCACCAAUGUGUUUUUAACUGUGAGAAACUCAUGCUAAGUUUGAGCAGGUGCCUGAGGCUGGUGGAGGCAGGCUUAGCAGGUGAGAUGCCAGAUGUGCUCUGGCUUCAAACUGCUGAAAAAUAACUUCCAGCAAAAAUAAAAUGUCUCUCAAACUAAA